AUGUCUGCACCACCUCCGCCGCCGCCGCCCCUACAACCGCAUUUACCAGCACCACCUAGACAUGUAGAGACAGUGCAUAUUGUAGAAACAAAUACAGCAAGUGUCGCGGUGACCAUUCUAAAUAUAAUCAAUGCCAUCACACAUUGGAUGUUGGGAGGAGUGGCAAUAAGCGCUUUCAUGUACGCUAAUAAUUUAAAAAUUUUUUCUCCUAUCUCUACUAUAAGCACGCAUAUAUAUUUAUGUGUAUCAGGGUAUGUGCUAUUAAUGAGCCUGGCUGUAACAUCUAUGAGUCCUUAUUCGGGCUUUUCGAGAACCUUCAACCAAAAGCAAAAAAAGACCAUACAUUUCGUUUUACAAGUGUUGGGAUCUAUUCUUGCUCUAGCUGGCAGUAUUUUACGAAUAACUAGCCUCAAUGAGAACUUUAAUAGUACACAUGGAAUUCUUGGGUGGGUCGCAAUGAUCCUAACAUUUCUGAGUCUAAUCGGGGGAGUGAUCAAUUUGUACUCACAAAAACUAAAUUUGUUUCCGUUUCUAAUCAGAUCUUGUCACGCCUGCAUUGGCUGUGUUACCCUUAUUGUUGCUUUUUUGUGUCUAAUAUUUGGUUUCACACAAGUUAGAUUUAUGGGAGAAAUCAAUGCUAAUAUGAGUAUAGGUCUUACGGUAUGUGCUUUAUUGGGUGUUUUAUUAUCACCAUGCGUAACUUUUGUUAAGAGAUUAUUAGCUCGUAAGUAGCAUUUAUAUUAGAAAUAUUUAAUCUACUUUUAUUACGGGAAGCAUGAUUGUUUAUUUAAGAAGAAAACUUUAUUAUUACUCUGUACCAAGUCUCUGGCUCUAGAUUUAAUUUCUCCUUGAAUUCAUGGGCUACUAAACAAAAAGAUAUACCCAUUUAAAAAUAAUUAGUAUUAUAGUAUAGAUAUUAUAAAAAUUCCUAAAUCCUAACAAACAAUGAGACAACCAACAAAUUAAUACCGACAACCCUUUAUAUUUGAGUAAUAUUUUAGGAUCUUGUCAAUGGUUUUGUUACAUGUCUAAAUU